AUGGGCCGCCAAACGAUUGUGGCCGGCGGUACACGUCAUCAUGGUUGCAGCGGCCCGGGGUUGCAAGAUUCCGUUUGCGAAAGUGACGCUCUCGACGGCGCAGAUUGCUGUUCUCUACACACUACUGCUGCUUUCGAACUGCCAUCGUCUUGUCUGUCAGUAGCAGCUCAGUUAUCAGUAUUUGCACAUCUGAAUGAAGCAAAUGAUUCACGCGAAUUCGAAGGAGAGAGACGGCAUGGAGCAGCAGGAGGACGACGAGCCGGGGCCGCAUCGGCUGCCGCGCGACGUCCUCGCGGACGUCCUCCGCCGCCUCCCGCCCCGCGGCCUCGCCGUGUCCAGGUGCGUCUGCAGGGACUGGCCCGCCGCCUUCUGCGCGCCGCCGUCGACGCCGUCCUCCCGCGGUCGCUGGACGCGCUCCUCGUGAACUACCCCGACCUCUCCCACACCGAGUUCUUCUCCCGCCCCGCGCCCGUCUCCGGCAAGCUCGCCGGCUACCUGCCCCCCGACGGCUUCCCCGGAGCGUACCGGUCCUACGCGGUCAGGGACCACUGCAACGGCCUCCUCCUGCUGCGUGGCUACGUGGUGAACCCCGCCACGCGGAGGCGGGCGCCAUUGCCCCCGCCACCGCACCUGGACGGGUUGGGCCUCUGCCACGACUACCUCGUCUACGACCCCGCCGUGUCGCUGCACUACGAGGUCCUCAGGAUCCCUCGCAUCUCUGAAAGUUGCAUUUACAAUCCCAUGGUUCGUUACGAUCGCCGCCCAUAUUGGUAUCGCGGUCAUAUUUUUAUUCCUGGAUGUGACGCAAAGAUUGAGGACAUAGGGUGGCCGCCGUCGCCGUACAUGAUCCCUGUCUUCUCGUCGAGGACAGGGCACUGGGAGAUGAGAUCUUGUGUUCGGGAAGGGCUCGCUGUGGGGUCUGUAGCUGACGUGCUACCGUCGAUUCGCUGCUUGGCAGGGGAUCUCCCCGCUGUAAUAUUGGAGAAGAGAGCUCUAUGUGCAAGACCAAACUCACUGUGUGAUGAGAAUAUCAUUGGCAAGCAAUAAAUACCAAGUAAUAAGACCUCCAUUGGUCUAUGGCAGUCGCGCAAUCCCCAGGCUUCGUCUGGUGAGAUCGGAUCUUGGAUCUUGUGAUUCAUGUAUUAUGUGAUGCAACCGAAGCUAACCCUCAUCGACUUCGAGUAUGGAUCUUGGAUGAAUCUUGUGAUCAUAUGAAGUGGGUGAUGACCAUGACCUGAGGCCCGUGUUGGCGCAUUGGAAUCACCAUAAGAAAUUAGAUGGGCCCUGGUUCCUGCAAGAUAUCAACUAUUAUGAGGAGCACCGCGGAGAAGAGAACACGACCGAACCAGUGGAAUGUGAGCUCGAAUGGAACUCUGAUAACGAUGACUUUCUUGAAGAGGGAGUUGAAAUAGACGCUGGUGGUGAU